AUGAAAUUAAUCGAUUUUAUCGUUCCUUCAUUUUAUUACAGAAUUUCUCAAGAUAUAAGGCUCAGAGACAAAAUUCCAAAUCCGUUGCCAUCUGAAAAAAAGCCAAAAAAGUCUACAAUCAGACUGGAUACAGAAAAAUGUAUAAUGCUCACUGAUAAAAUUAAAUCGUUAAUAGUUAACUCAUCAGCAAACUUAAAUACGCUUCAAUUGGGUUUAGAUGACCUACUUGAUAAAGUUGUCAAGGCAGCAAAGGUUCAAAAACGAAUGACCCAGUAUUUUUCGAAAUUAAGUAUCCCAAUGGAAAUCAAGCUUAGUAUUCUCACGCAAAUUACAGAAUUUGGAUGCAAUACCCCUCAAUUCAUUGUUGAGAAUGCCAAGUCUUUUCAAGAUAAAAUUAUUACAGAUUUCCAUCUUCAAAUUUAUACAACAUUAUAA